UUGAGAACUUCGCUCUUCCCAUACCUGGAGCCAAAAGAAGAGGAUCGCAUGCAAAGAGCGGAAGAGCAGUGUGUCUUCCAGGACAACAGACAUCUGCAUCAGUAGUGGCUUCAUGCCGACGGGGACGACAGAAGUUAAAGAACCAGAUGUCUUCAAGUUGUCCGCAACGAACGCACGGUUGUAACUUCACGGCUAGUCUUGGUCUGUUCGAGGACCCAGUAGCUCUUCGGAUGGCCGAAACGUGGAGCCUGUCUGACAGCGCAUUGCUUGCCCUGCCAGACGACCUUGAAGAUCGCAUAUUAGAACCGCAGGAUCACUCUAGACAAGAAAUCCGUGACUGGACUUCUGACAAAGAGUCGCAGGCCUUACAACACCAUCUAUCGAACAUCCGAGCUCUACACAACUCAACCCUCACGGUGAAUUUGUUGCCUAGCGAGAUUCUAGUCGAAAUCUUCCACAUCGCCACUGCGACCCGCGACAGCGUAGCAUGGACGGCCAAGACCAUGGGUGUAUGUCGCUAUUGGCAAGACAUAAUCGCACGGACGCCUCUCCUAUGGAACGAGAUUGACUUAUCGAAGCAGCCAGAGUUCGUAGAUCUCUGUCUGGCACGCUCCGACGACACAGGCAUCAGGCUUCAUCUACGCAUGCAAUUUUCCCGCCAUGGAGUGCCCACUGCAAUUGACUAUCCUGCCAUUGCUUCCCUCCUCGCGCCACAUCAUCCACGAAUCUCGUACGUAGACCUCUAUGUGAACCGGUCCCAUCCAAAUCACCGCAGCGAGGAUCCCCAGGCUUUACUGAGGACGCUGGAAGCUUCCCUACCAGGGCUGAGGUCGAUGGCCCUAGCGACGGGGCCCGAGUUUUCGCUGAAGUUGACGCAGAAUCACCUGCCUAACCUUCGGAACCUCUCGCUUUCUGGCCUCACGAUAGCUUGGACUAGUUUACCAUUGCCGAGCCUAACAUCCUUGAGACUGAGCGACGUUGUACAUCCCGACGAUCGCCAUCAUGGCUGCUUAGCCUCCCUCCUGGAUGUACUUGAAGCAUGUGAUGGCCUGGAGAGGUUCACUUACGAACAAUGGGAGGCCGUCGCUGGGAUCCCGCCAGUCGCAAUAGAUCGCGUUGUGCCAUUGCCUUGCAUGCAGCAUUUCUUCGUUUCCGGGCUACCGAAAGACAUAUCGGAGAUCCUCGCACACCUCUCUCUACCACGGGGUGCUCACCUGUCAGUCGAGCUGCUCGACCUUCAAGCUGACGGGAUCACGGACUUCGAACAUCUACCGGUCCUCGACGCUGUCUUGCCGCGCGACGCGACGCGCUUGCCCACUCUCAGGGAUGUGCGGCACGUCAUGGUGCGGUUUGAGCAUCUAAAGCUCACCGUCCAUGCGGACGAAGACCGUUCGAAGUUCUGGGAAUCACAGGCCUGGAAAGCUUCUGGCUGCAAUCCACCGCCCGGGCCUGAUGCGGCCGAGGACGUCCCUAUCAUACCGCCUCUCUGCAUGGUAUACCAUCUGCCAGGCUCGGAGUUCGAUGAUUACCUCCUUCCCAGCGUUAUGUGUGAGCUCAGCAAGUUUUUCCCAUCGACCUUGGAGACGCUCCUCAUCCGUGGGGUCAUGGACGUCGUCAACACGGAGACCUGGAUCCAGCUGCUCACGGCCUUCCCGGAUCUCGAGCACCUGGAGAUCAUGUCGGAAGAGUGCGACAUGAAGUCCUUUCCACAGGCCCUGGAGCCGACGCCAGCCGUGACUCCAUGCCCGCGUCUGCGCAAACUGGCGCUGCGAUAUGAGCCGAACGAAGAGGACGGUGGUCGGAAGCUGCUCACCAGUCUGUACAGCGUGCUGCAGAAGCGCGACGCGGCUCAGACUCCCCUGGAGUCGCUCAGUCUUCAGGUUAAGCCUGUGGCCGACGAGACAGUCUUCACGCCUUCCGGAGUCAUCGGCCGCUUGCCGUCAGAUUUUGAUGACAUACAGGCGAGUUUGGAGUGCAUGGUCGACUCGCUGGAGGUCAUGUUGUUAAUUGAUGGUGACUGA